CCUUUGCAGGACCGCAACCAUAUGCCGCCAUCCUUCAAUUCUCCCACGUUUCAUUUGCGCUAGAAUUUAGGGGAAGAAAAUCCAUCUACAUAGAGGAGAUAAGACUUCCACAAAAAGCAAAAAGAAAAAAGAUUCCAAUCCUAUCAAUCUUGUUUUCCAAAUUCAUUCAAAUCAAGAUCUUCCAAUCUUUUUUCUUGGUUUUGUGAAAGACAAUAGCGUUGCAUCUGAUUGAAUUGAAUUCUUGAUUUGUGAUUAGUUAAACAAAAUGGAGUUUAAGACAGAUAAAACAAGCUUAUCAUCAUCCCAUGUUCUAAAAAUCCCUGGAGAAGAUGCACCAUUUUUGGGCCAAAACCAAAAUCAACAACAUCUCUCUUCUCCUAUAAAGACUUUUGCUAAUAUUUUCAUGUCUUUUGUUGGUGCUGGAAUUCUUGGAUUUCCAUACACAUUUAAGAAAACAGGAUGGCUAAUGGCUUCUCUUUUAAUCAUCUCAGUAGCCAUUCUUACCUAUUAUUGUAUGAUGCUUCUUGUUUAUUCUAGGCGUAAGCUUGAAUCCCAACUUGAAGAUUUAAAAAUCUCAUCUUUUGGUGAUUUGGGAUUUGCUGUUUGUGGACCAAUUGGUCGUUAUGUUGUUGAUGCUAUGAUUGUUCUCUCCCAAGUAUGUUUUGCAGUUGGAUACAUGAUUUUCAUAGCUAAUACUUUGGUGCACUUGUUUAAUUCUUCUGUCACAGGGACAAAUCAUAAAAUCUUGGGAUUUUCACCAAAAUCAGUGUUUCUAUGGAGCUGUUUUCCAUUCCAGUUGGGGUUGAAUUCAAUUCCAACUCUUACCCUUUUAGCCCCUUUGAGUAUUUUUGCUGAAACUGUUGAUUUAGGAGCUUUGGGUGUAGUGAUGGUUGAAGAUGUGAUGACUUACAUCAAGAAUAGGCCUAAUGUAGAAAUGUUUGGUGGGUUCAGUGUGUUUUUGUAUGGUGUUGGUAUGGCUGUUUAUGCCUUUGAAGGUAUGGGAAUGAUUUUGCCUUUGGAAUCAGAGACAAGAGAUAAGGACAAAUUUGGGAAAAUCUUGGGUUUGUCGGUGGCCUUUGUAACAUUGUUAUAUACUGCAUUUGGCGCAUUAGGUUACUUUGCCUUUGGGGAAGGGACCAAGGAUAUAAUCACUACUAAUUUUGGGCAGGGAUGGCUUAGCACUGUGGUGCAACUUGGUCUUUGUAUAGACCUUUUCUUGGCUUUCCCACUGAUGAUGAAUCCAGUUUAUGAAGUGAUGGAAAGGAGAUUUUGUGAAGGUAGAUACUGCUUGUGGCUGAGAUGGCUUGUGGUUUUGAUAGUGACUUUUGUUGCAUUGGUGGUUCCCAAUUUUGCUGAUUUCUUGUCACUGGUUGGAGGCAGUGUUUGUGUUUGUUUGGGGUUUGUGUUGCCUGCAUUAUUUCACUGGAUUGCGUUCAAGGAUGAACUGAGAUGGCAUGUUUUGGCUUUGGAUGGUGCAUUUAUUGUCUUGGGCUCAGUUUUUGCACUCUAUGGAACCUAUUCUUCCCUUAUGGGGAUGUUUGCAAAAAAGGCUUAGGCUUUUUAAAAUAGCAUUUCAUAAGACGUUACUGUGGGAUAAUGGUCUAGAUUCUUGCAACUAUAUGUUGUUGCUUGUGUACCUCUGCUUCUUUUUUUCUCAGACUGCUUUAUCAUGACUUUUCACUUCCGUUGGUUUCAUUGAGCGGAGGGUCUUUCGGAAACAGCCUCUCUAUCUUCCGAGAUGGGGUAAGGUCUGCGUACACUUUACCCUCCCCAGACCCGAUACUGCGGGAUUUCACUGUUUAUGUUGUUGUUGUUGUAAUAAUGGUCUAGAUUGUGUUCAGUUUACUGGUGAAGAGAUUGUCAAGCCAGAGUUAGUUCCCACUUUGUUCUACUAGUAAUUAAUUUGUUAAGCAAUAUAUUUACACAUAUACAUGGCAAAUGACAAGCAGCAUUGGUUUGA